AUGCGUGUUCAGACAUAUUUUACGAAGUUACUCCAAGUCUUCUCACCUUUGCCCGUGAACUUCAGUCGGGAGUAUGAGCAUGCCGACAAGCAGCAGCUCUCACGGUCCUACUCCAUCUCUGGCACGCUGUGCACUCCAAAAGACGUCCAACUGAAGGACGUCGAACACGUGCAAUACCUUAUCCAUGGUGUUGGCUUCGAUUCGAGCUACUGGGACUUUGCUGUACCAGGCAAGGACGAGUACAGCUAUGUCAGCGCAGCAGCUGACGCAGGUUAUACCACCUUCCGCUACGACCGUUUGGGCACCGGCCUUUCUGAACAUCCGUCGGAUACUUACAAUGAGGUACAGGCACCGACUGACCUCGCAAUCGCCACUAAGCUUCUGAGUAUGCUGAAGGACGGCCAAAUCGGCGGCCAAAAAUUCUCUAAGGUCGUGGGUGUCGGUCACAGCUAUGGCUCGGAGCAGGUACAAGCCUUGUCAGCCACCGUGCCUCAUUUGCUAGAUGGCAUACUCCUUCAAGGAUUCUCCAUGAACGCGUACGUGACUGGAGGGAAGCAGCUGCUGACGUCGGGUGCUUACUCGACCGCCUCGCAGGUGUUCCCCGAGCGUUUUAAGGACGCCGACCUUGCGAGCACCUACUUCGUCACGUUGGCGCCGCAGACUCAGCAACUGAACUUCUGGUACUUCCCCUUCUAUUCCGACGCAGCAUUCCAGCGCAACAGAGAAACCGAGCAGCCCGUGACGCAAGGUGUGCUGUUCACGCAAGGCGUCUUGAUGCAGAAUGCGACGCAGUUCACUGGCCCUGUUCAUGUGGUCACUGGUGCCGAAGACUGGCCUUUCUGCUUUUUGGAUUGUUAUGCUGUCCCGGCCAACAGCACCCGGAAGAGCAUUCCCGAAUACGUCCAGGAGCUAUACCCGGCCGUCAGCGACUUCUCUGUCUACAUCCCGGAGAACACUGGGCACGCCGUGAAUGCGCAUUAUUCCGCCCCGCAGGUAUAUCAGGAAAUGCUGGGCUUUGUGCGCAAGGUCCUGAGCGGUUGA